AAUUUGCUUUACCCAUUUUUGUAUACGAUCUGGGUAAAAUUUUGUUUCGCAAUUUUAUAACUUUUAUGUGAAAAAAUAAUUUAAUUGAUUUAUAUAUUUUCGAACGAUUACUAAAUCAACAAUCAAGAUUUAACAAAAUUUAAAUCUAACAUUUUGUUUUUAUGGCCGGAAUCCAAAAAUACUCUGCUCUAAAAUAUUCUGCAGAUGAAGAGCGGCAAAUGUCAGCUGGCCAUGUACCAUCAAGGAGAAUCAUAAAUAACAGUGCUUUUCCAAAUGAUGAUGGUUCUGCUGCUUUUCGAUAUUUAGCACCAGGAGCAGCCGAACGUCCAGAAAUGUAUCAACUCGAUGAUCAAUAUUCAUUCAUCCAUUCGGAAGAUGAUGAUAAUAGCUUGAAUAACAGACAACAUUACUCGAAAAGAGCCGAACGUGGCUCUGGAUUGCAAGAUAGUUUAUGUUCACCGGUCGAUAAUGAUACAAAAUACAGAUACAUAAACACAGAAAGAGAUUUAUCGUUGUCGCUCGACAGGCAUACGGAUUUUCGAAAUUUCUGCGAUACUCCUGAGGAUGAUUUAUCUGUACGAAAGUAUUUGGCAGUAAGCGUUGGAGUAGUGAGUCUUAUUACCGAGAAUCUUUUGAGUCAUCCUUUCAUUGUACUAAGACGACAAUGUCAAGUAUUUCACGCAUCGGAAAAAUAUCAUCUUACUCCGAUAAGUCUCAUACCCAGCAUUAUUCAUCUUCAUAAACGACAGGGUGUUACCACGCUAUGGAAAGGUUUAGGCAGUUGUCUGCUUGUUCGUGGCAUGUCCAUGGGAGUCGAUGAUUUAAUUGCAAAACUUACCACAUGGCCAAAGGAUGUUGAUAGCCGCACAUCAGUGAAACGCUUCGGACAGCAUUUAAUUUUAAAAUGUGUAAGUAUUGCUGUUGUGAUGCCAUUCUAUGCAGCUUCUCUUGUGGAAACUGUUCAAAGUGACAUAGCCAGUGAAAAACCUGGAAUAUUUGAUGUCUUCCGUGAGGGUGGACAGCGACUUUUGUCCUGGAGCUCUCCACAAAAGGGAAGAAUGCUACCUGUUUGGGCACUACUUGGACCAAGUGUGUCCCUUGGCCUUACCAAAUAUAUUUUUAGUCUCUUUGUAAGAGGAAUAUCCAGCCAUAUUAUUCGCAGGAGUAUUCAAAACAACCAAGAACAAAAAGGAGCAAAAGUGAAAGAUGAUUCGCUCAUCAUUCAAAAUGUCCAGAUCUAUUCGAACCUUAUAUCAAUUCUGACAUCAGAAAUUCUCUUCUAUCCAUUUGAGACGAUUCUCCAUCGGUUGCAACUUCAAGGAACCAGGACUAUUGUUGAUAAUUUAGAUAGUGGAUAUUCGGUUGUUGCUAUCUUGACAAACUAUCAAGGUGCUAGAGAUUGCUAUAGGACAACCAUUGCAACAGAAGGCAUAAGUGGGCUAUACAAAGGAUUUGGAGCAAUUGUGCUUCAAUUUGCUGCACAUAUUGCUGUUAUUAAAAUAACCAAAUGGGUUGUUGGUCAAAUAACAGAGGUUAUAUCGAGUAAACCUCCAGCUAAAGUCGUACAAUAUUAUAAUUUAGAUAGAGCAGCUGCUUCGAGCUCGACAACGAUUUCGCGAAGCCUUAGUUCAAGCAGCAAUAUUGCCGGAAGUGUCGAAAAUGUAGAAUAAAAAACGAGCUUUUAUUAUUGUUGUUCAAAUAAACUAACAACUUAUUUAAAAAAAUAAAAAUAAUCUAUUACGCGUUGUGUAUAAAAAACCAAAUAUAUCAUUAAAAAUCUCUUUUUCUUAGUUUAACUGUGAUAAAAUCAGAAUAGAAAUACAACACUCAGUUUGAAUUUCAUU